AUGAGAAAGCGUGAACAACAGCAACAACCACAGCCGCAACCACAGGUGCAACCACAGCAAAUAGUAGUAGGAGCACCGUCGUUUUAUAUGGAUAUCUUUGAACCACCACCACAAUGGCGAACAUCCGUCAACAACAACACCAACAGUAUCAAUUAUCACGCUCACUCACCUACCCACAGAUCACCUAUACAUCAUCAGCCAUCGCUAUCCGAGAUUGUGUAUCAAGAGUUCAAUGGCCCUUCCGAGAUACAAGAGGCGUAUCCCGGAGUCUAUCAACAAGAUCGCCUUAGUCAGCAGCAGCAUCAGUUACACCAUCAAAGGAGUCAACAAUUUCAACAACAACAACAGCAGCAGCAGCAGCAAUUGCAACAGUUGCAAUUGAAGCAGCAAUUACAAUAUCAACUGCAACAGCAGCAUCAUCAACAGACACAAGAGCAGAACCACCAUCCCCAUCACCACCACUCUCGAGCUAAUUCCAUAGGAUCAGCACAUGAUUUUGAGUCUGCAGCUUCUUCAUUGCACACUAUGUCAACGAGUCCUCAUUAUUUACAGUAUGAUGAUGUGGAUGACGAUAACGAGAGUAUUGAUAAAUCCAUGUUUCAUAACCAUAACCAGCAGCAGCAGCAGCAACAACAUCGUCAUCAGGCUGAUAAUAUAAGCAUUGCAACCUCAUUAUUUACUGCUGUAGAACAUCUAGAGAAUGAUUCAGAAGAAGAAGAACAUUACGAUGAUAAUAGUUCAACUGAAAAUCAACGCCACGGGCAUUUACCAUCAACUACGACAUUUCAGGAACAAAAACAGCAAAUAUCAAUUAAUGAUUUGAUGAAAAAGCUGGAUAUCCAGACCUCUGUUGAAUGGGAAGACUACAAACCGCAAUAUAGACUGCUGAAUGAAUCAUACGAUAGCGUAAAGCAAGACAUCUACAAGGAAAUCUAUGCAACAAUGCAGAAACUGCAAGAAUUAGAUCGCAAAUUCAACACGGUGAAAGCAAUAUUUCAUUCAACCAUGGAAAAAAACUACGAGCAAAUGUCAAAUCAAUUAAUAUCCCAAUGUGAUGCAUUGACAAAAGAGCAAAACGAGUCCAAAAACAAGCUGAAAUCAGAUGAAACAAACAGAGAAUAUCUACCAAAGAGUGGAAAGAUUCGAUUGAAUGUGGGAGGAAGCAUGUUUGAGACAUCUUUGAGUACAUUGCGACGUGAUACAAAUAGUCUAUUGGCUACUAUGUUUUCCGGGAGACAUCUCAUUUCAGCGGAAUCAGAUGGAUCUUACUUUAUUGACCGUGAUCCAUCUCAUUUUAGACUUGUGUUGAAUUACCUUCGAGAUCUAAGGAUACCACCAACCAUUCUUCAAGACACUAAAAUAUGUCAGGAGCUGCUACAAGAAGCAAAGUAUUACUGCAUAGAAGGUCUCAUCAAGAUUUUACAACAACAGCAUCUAUAA